AUGAAAAGAAACAAACCAGGAAGGGAAUGCCGGUCGAUCUUUAUAAAUCUGAUAAAGACAACUCUGGGCUCUGGGAUACUAAGAUAUCCAUUUCUCUUCAAGACAUAUGGGGUUUGGUACACGAUUCUACUGACAUCUGUUUCUGCACUGGCAUCGCUUCUUGGGCUGUGGCUGUACAUAGACCUGAACGACUUCUAUGGAUUGGACAACUCGAUGUCGACAAUAGCCCGAUACAUCUACCCCCCACUGCAGCCCGUUGUGAAUGUGACUGUGUCUCUCAAGUGCUUCCUAGUAUGCACGGCAUAUCUUGUUCUGCUCAAGAACAAUCUUCCGGGAACGGUAAAAAGCAUUUUCGGACUGCAGAACAGCUAUCCGACCCUGUGUAUGCUUGGAGUGGUGGCGUGUGUGUUUCCGUUUGUACUAAUGCACAGGAUCGAUAGGCUAAAGUACACGUCGUCAUUUGGAUUUGCUGCAGUCAUGAGUCUUGUGCUGUUGUCGGUGUAUAGAUAUGCAAAUGUAGAAGAGGUGCCUACAUACACCGAGGCGAAGAAUAAGAACUACCUGGGAGAGCUGGGAAGCUUUGUGUUCGGGUUCACUUGCCACCAGAACAUCUUUUCCGUGCAGAACGAGAUGAAGGUAAGCGACAAGACAGCGCUGAAGAUAACUGCACUUCUUGUGCUGGUGGUGGCAUCUUUGGUAUACAUAGUUUUUGGGCUCACCAACUACCUUGCUCUUGGAGACAGCAUGGGAGAGAACUUCUUUGAAGGCCUGCCUGAGGGAAUGAAGAACAUGGUUCCUAUGUUUUAUUUCCUUGUUGUGGCAAUGUCGAUUCCGCUACAGACGCACCCGUGCAGAACAUACUUCCUUGACCUGUUUGACACGAGGUAUUCUGUGGAUGGGAAAUACCAGCAUCUGAGAUUUGUGACGAGUCUGUUCAUAAUGCUUCUGUCCUUCAUAAUUGCCAUGAAUGUAUCGAAGAUGCAGAAGCUUUGCGAAGUGAUUGGGGGGACGUUUUCGACGCUCAUGUGCUUUGUGUUUGCAUCCAUGUACUAUUUCAUUGCAUUCUGGAAUAGGGGAUUUGAGAUAAAGAGGCUCAUGGCGCUCUUUGUGCUGCUGUAUGGCGUUGCUGCAUUUGCCUCGCUGUUCCUUGCGCCAUAG